AUGCCUCAGCUGGACUCGGGCGGGGGCGGCGCGGGCGGCGGCGACGACCUCGGCGCGCCCGACGAGCUGCUGGCCUUCCAGGACGAGGGCGAGGAGCAGGACGACAAGAGCCGCGACAGCGCCGCGGGCCCCGAGCGCGACCUGGCCGAGCUCAAGUCGUCGCUCGUCAAUGAGUCCGAGGGCGCGGCCGGCGACGCGGGGGUCCCGGGGGCGGGCGCCGGUGCCCGCGGCGAGGCUGAGGUCGGGGCCGAGGCCCUCGGGCGGGAACACACUUCGCAGAGACUUUUCCCCGACAAACUUCCAGAGUCUCUGGAAGACGGCCUGAAGACCCCGGAGUGCGCCAGCGGCAUGUACAAAGACACCGUCUACUCCGCCUUCAAUCUGCUCAUGCACUACCCACCCCCCUCGGGAGCAGGGCAGCACCCCCAGCCGCAGCCCUCGCUGCACAACAAGGCCAGUCAGCCUUCCCACGGCGUUCCCCAACUCUCUCCUCUCUAUGACCAUUUCAGCAGCCCACACCCCACACCUGCUCCAGCCGACAUCAGCCAGAAGCAAGGAGUUCACAGGCCUCUGCAGACCCCUGACCUCUCUGGCUUCUACUCUCUGACCUCAGGCAGCAUGGGACAGCUCCCGCACACUGUAAGCUGGUUCACCCAUCCACCCCUGAUGCUAGGUUCCGGUGUACCUGGUCACCCCGCAGCCAUCCCCCACCCAGCCAUUGUGCCCCCUUCAGGGAAGCAGGAGCUGCAGCCCUAUGACCGCAGCCUGAAGACGCAGGCAGAAUCCAAGGCAGAGAAGGAAGCCAAGAAGCCAACCAUCAAGAAGCCUCUCAAUGCCUUCAUGCUGUACAUGAAGGAGAUGAGAGCAAAGGUCAUUGCAGAAUGCACACUCAAGGAGAGCGCUGCCAUCAACCAGAUCCUGGGCCGUAGGUGGCACGCACUGUCCCGGGAAGAGCAAGCCAAGUAUUAUGAGCUGGCCCGCAAGGAGAGGCAGCUGCACAUGCAGCUCUACCCAGGCUGGUCGGCGCGGGACAACUACGGGAAGAAGAAGAGGCGGUCACGGGAAAAGCACCAAGAAUCCAACACAGACCCUGGCUCGCCUAAGAAAUGCCGUGCUCGCUUUGGCCUCAACCAGCAGACGGAUUGGUGUGGUCCGUGCAGGAGGAAAAAGAAAUGCAUUCGGUACUUACCCGGAGAAGGCCGCUGCCCCAGCCCCGUUCCUUCCGAUGACAGUGCUCUAGGCUGCCCCGGGUCCCCAGCUCCCCAGGACUCACCCUCGUACCUCCUGCUGCCCCACUUCCCCACAGAACUGCUUGCUAGCCCUGCGGAACGGCGCCUACAUCACCAGGUCUCUCGGCCACUCUCAGCCUCCCAGACCCCUGGGCCCCCUCAGGCUCCUACAGCAACCUGCAGAGUACACAGGUACAGCAACAGGAAUCUCAGAGACAGGCAGCCUAGCAUGCACAGGACACAUGGCUUCCUCCAGGGGCCCACCCUCUGAGAGGAGACGACAGAGCCCCAAAGCACGUGGAAACCGGCCAGGGGCCCUGUUGGCUCCCUCUCAGAGUCCAGGCCCUGGAGAUUUCAGAGGCUGCACAUCUUCUGCCUGAACAUGGGGCCAUCAAUUCAAACUGCUCCAAGUGGUGGGAAUUAGAUCUGCGUUGUGUCAUUUGAUUAAGGGCAUCCCCUCAUGCCUAUGGCAGACUGGAUCUAUUCUUUUUACCAUCUGUCUUGCUAGCCAGAUGCCCCUCCCUGCCUCCCUUGCUUUUCUGCUAUAGGUCAUAGAUGGACUGGACUGAGCCCAACUGCUUUCCCUACUUCCCCCACCCAACCCCACCACUGCCACACCCUCCCCAUACAAGAUACUUCAUGGACCAAGAACAAGCUGGUUUACCAAACAAUAUGUAAGCAUGGUCACAACCACAAAGCUUAAGACAACAGUGUUUCUCUCUUAAGGGCCUGGAGAAGCCCUGUUUACAGAAAACCAGCUGCUAUCUGUAAGCUGGACCAAAGGAAGCUUCUUGCCACGUUCUUUGGAGCUUACAAGAAGAGGAGUGAAUGGAAUAGGUUAAAUUUAGGCCUAUCACCCUAGCCAACAGGAAUAACCUGACACCACCUUAAAGGCAAGUGUGGGUGGUGAGGGUAUGUGGCUCUAGUUCAAAUUACUCAGAAAUGUUUCCUAAGGAACUCAACCACCUAAGAAGCCCUGAUACCAAAUGCCUCAGUCACUAGUGGCUGCAGUCAACAGUUCAAGUAAGUCAUGGCUCAAAAUCCAGUGUGCAUCCCUACCUGCUCUUGAGAGCCUUUUUCACAGAUCCAGUUCCAGCCUAUCCACACCAUUCUAGCCAGCUCUCAGACAGUUGUAAGAGGGCAAGCCAAACCUCAGGACAACCAGUGUCUAUCUUCCAGCGUGAAAGUAGGCCAGCUUCAGUUUCCCUAUGGGGCUGCAGGAAGAAAGACUAUUACAACCAAAGCAAGGAGCCCAGAAAACCUCUAGUGGUGGACAUCGGGUUUGCACCACAGCCUACUUUAACCCAUUUCUGAGCCAAGCUUCAACCCUGAGCCUUAAAAAACAAAUCUUUAAUUUAACUUAGUUGGGUUUUUUGCCUCCUCUUCACUGUACAUAGCCUGAGUCCAAAGAGAAAGGGCUAUACCCCCGUACCCACACACACCCUCAACAAAAGCCUUUAGUUCCUACUUUAGCCACUGGCUUCUCAGAAUCCAAAGAUCGUAUGUUCUGGUGUAGUGUUGCAAGAAGUCUUGAGAGAAAAAAGGACCAUUGUAGUAUUCAAAAUAUUUUUGUAUUGUUAAUGCAUA